GUCGGGGCAGCGCACGUGCGCUGGGACCGGUUCCUGCCGACCGUCUACGGCAGCGCCCCGCCCUUCCUGGCCAGCCUGGACGCGGAGACGCGGAGGGCCGCCGGGCCCUCCGAGGAGGCCAUCGGCGCCCUCGGGGUCGGGGCGCUGCUGGCGCUGCCGCCCGAGGAGCGCGCCGCGGCCGUGCGGGAGGCGGUGGUGGGCCUGGCCAAGGAGGUGACGGGCAACGAAGACCUGCAGGCGGACGACGAGCUGCUGGAGUCCGGCAUGGACUCGCUGUCCGGGGUGGAGUUCAGGAACCGCCUGCAGAAGGAGUUUGGCGGCAUCCGCAUCCCCAACUCGGCCGUCUUCGACUUCCCCACGGCCGCACUGCUCGCUGGCUUCGUCGAGGAGCGGCUGGCACCCGCGGGCGCCGCCGCGCUGGAGGCCGCGCCCGUCGCUGCUGUCGCGCCCGCCGUGGCGGGGCCGAGCGCGGAGGCGGAGCUGGCCGCCGCGGCGUCCGGGACCGCGCAGCUGCUGGAGCAGCUGAACGGUUGCGGCCCAGGCCCCGCGCUGCUGCUUGUGCCCGGCGCGGGCAUGCAGGCGGAGAGCCUGCGGCCGCUGGCGCAGUGCCUGCCCUUGCCGGCCUACGGGGUCUCCUGGCCCAGGGGCGCGCUGCCGCGGGAGCGGUGGCCGGCGACGCUGGAGGAGCUGGCGGGGCUGAUCCUGCGGGAGCUCCUGGCCCUGGAGUUGCCUGGGCCGCUGCUGCUGGCGGGGCACUCCUUCGGGGCCAGCGUGUGCCUGGAGGUGGCGCGCCAGGCGGAGCGGGCGGGCGAGCGUGUGGCGCUUGUGGCGCUGCUCGACCCACGCAGCCUGCCGCCCGUCCAGGCCGCUGCGCACGGGAUCCCGGGCGCGGCCGGCCUCCACGGCGCGCUGGCCCUGCUCUCGGAGGCCGCGCCGGACGGGGCGCGGUACGCCGAGCACCUGGAGGCGCUGGCGGGCGUGGAUCCCGCCUCGCAUGACGAGGCGCUGCGGAAGGCGUUGGGCCCCGCGGCCCUGAGGGCCCUGGAGCACGUGCGCGACACCUCCGAGUGGUACGCCGGCCUGCUGGACUGGCAGAGCGGCGCCGGCCUGCUGGACGCCGCGGGAGCGGACGCGGAGGAGGCGCCGCCGCUGGCGGCUGCGGGCGUGCUGCUCGUCGCUGAGGAGGGCUGGCGGCGGGAGCCCGCCGCCGGCGAGGGCCGAGCGGCCGCCACCGUGCGCGCCGUGCAGGCCGCCACCUUCCAGGAGGACGCGGAGGUCUCUCAGCGCGUGGCUCUGUGCUUCGCCGAGGAGGUGCCAUCGGCCCGCGUGCCCGGGGGCCACUUCGGCAUGCUGCACGAGCCGGGGGUGCGGGCGACGGCGCUGCGGCUGUGCCACGCUCUGGUCGAGUCGGGCGCCGUCGGCUGAGGGCCGCGCGCCGGCGCGCUCCGCUGCGGGGUGCCCCCCUGCCGGCAGCGGACGCUCGGCGACAGCGCCAGCAGGGCGCUGGCGCGGGGGGAGUGGGCAGGAGAGCCCCUUGCCAUCUCUCCGGAGGCCGAAUUUUACUUCCGCUGCCGCCCUCCGCCGGACUUCUGCCGGCCUCCGCUGGCGGCGGCGGCCUUCUCUGCCACUUCCGCCGCCCUCGGCCGAGGAGGCGAUGUCCGCUCCUUCGAGCAUCGACGGCGAGGAGAUCUCUCCUUGAGCGUCUCAGAUGGCGCGGCCGGCCUGGGCGGGAGCCGGCUGCGCGCGUGGCCGCACGUCCUGUGCCAGCGCUGGGCCCUUCUUGGGCGCCCGCCGUUAAGGAUGGAGUUUCUUGUCGCUCGUAGAGUUGUUGAUCGCUGGCCAGCAGCCAAUGUGCGCAUUUUCAUUCCUUGCCUCAUAUUGUUUCUGUCAGGGCAGCUUUGGCCACCGUGCCAGCUGGGUUUUGUUAUGCAGCCGUCUGGCUUUUACUCCAACGCUCUCUCGCUUUGCUAUUCCUUCGCCUUGUUCUGC